AUGUCGGUCUCUUUCUCGCGACCGUUCUUUCCGUUGAUUCGUCCUUGUCACUUUUCAGUGGAUGUUGACUUGCGCAUCUAUUCCUAUACAUUAAACUGCGUAUACGGCGUACUUAUUUAUUAUUAUUAUUUUUUUUCUAGGUCGCCAAUCAUGGUUAGAAGUAGACUUUUUGGAUCGUUAAGGAGAAGCACGUUUUUUAAAAAUUUUAAUGGUAAAAAUUGUCGUUUGGCUUUGUUGGGCACUGGGUGCUUCAGUACAUUUGCGUUUGUUACCAUUGUUCACAGUAAAAAUUCGCCAAAUACAGAUAAACAAUGUACUCCCGACAAGUGUGAACAAGAAGUUCUGAAUGCUUCAAAUUUCACCGUUGAUAGUGCAAUUCGUUUUAUGAGGUCCAUCAAGAUAGGAUUUUCGGUUUCUUUGGAUUACUAUUUUUCCGAAUUAGGUUUAACAGAAAACACUCCGAAUUACAACAUCAUGAUGAGUCGAAUUCACCAAAGAGCGGCUAAUAAAAUCUUGGAAGGGUGCUUGCUCAAUGGCGGUUCGUAUAUUAAACUCGGACAAGGUUUGUGCUCAAUGAGCCACAUCCUGCCUCCGGAGUACGUUAACACGUUGAAAUCGCUGCAGGAUAAAUGUCUAAUGCGAAAGGAAAACGAACUUAAUCAAAUUUUCGAAAAAGACUUCGGAAAAUUGCCAAAUGAAAUAUUUAAAGAAUUUGAUACCACUCCAAUUGCUGCAGCCAGUAUUGCUCAGGUAUUUAAAGCAAAAACCAAAGAUGAUGAAACGGUAGCUGUGAAAGUUCAGUAUAUAGACUUACAAGAACGUUUUGAAGGUGACGUGGCAACUAUUAAUUUUUUAUUGAAAGUAGCAGGAACAUUACAUCCCAGCUUUAACUUCGAUUGGGUCCUCGAAGAUUUGAAGGCAUGUUUACAACAAGAACUGGAUUUUGUGAAUGAGGGAAAGAAUUCUGAGAGGUGUGCCAAAGAGUUACAACAACUGAAGUACGUCUAUGUGCCUAAAGUAAAUUGGGAAUUAACAAGUAGGAGAGUGCUGGUGACUGAAUUUAUUGAGGGCCAUAAAAUAUGUGAUGUAGCUAAAAUAAAGCAGGAUGGAUUAUCGCUGGCUGAUAUAAACACUAAACUAUUUGAAGCCUUUGGUCACCAAAUUUUUCAAACCGGAUUUGUUCACGCCGAUCCCCAUCCAGGAAAUAUUUUAAUAAGAAAGGUUAAUGGGAAAGCCCAAUUGGUGCUUCUGGACCAUGGACUGUAUCAAGAAAUUUCUGCCAAAGAUAGAGAAGCAUUAAGUUACAUGUGGAAAGCAAUAGUCUAUAAAGAGUACGACAACAUGAAGAAAUACGCCAAUCAGUUAGGAGUUACCGAUCAUAUAAUUUUCGCCGAAAUUCUAACCCAGGCUCCACUUAGAACACGUGGUUUCAAUUUAAAUUACAGACUCACUGAACACGACUUACAACAAAUGACCCAAUUUGCCAAAGAAAGAUUUGAAGUUAUCAUGAAAUGUUUGAAAGAAAUGCCUCGUUCUCUGCUUUUAGUUAUCAGAAAUUUAAAUACCAUUAGAGCUAUAGCUCAGGAUCAUGGGAAUCCCAUAGAUAGGUACACUGUUUUGGCAAGGGUGGCAACCAAGUGUAUUUUCAGUAAACAAGAUACUUUCUUUAAAAGAUUGAGCAAUAUGAUAGGAAGACUAUAUUUUGAAUUAAUGUUACUAAUAAAUAAAAUAUCCACUUGGUUUACGGAAAUUAUGAUAAAACUUGUAGAUAAAUCAGGAGCAGUGGAAGAUUUACAGAGGGAGUUCUCCAGUAUCAACACUUUAUAAUGGUCUAUUUUUAAAAUAUGUAAAUAGCAUAAUACUUAAUAUAAUUUGUUUUAU